AUAUUAGAUUGGAUUUGAUGAGGCCCGUAGGUUGAAUAGAGGAAAGAUUCGAUGAAGUCACAAAAUUUUGUGAGACCCAAAUAAUCUUGGGUUCUCUUCCUCAGUCACUCCCUAUUUAUAAGAACUAUGCAUAAAGCCAGUCGUACAUUCAUCAAUCGCAUUUUCUCAAUUAAUCCUUCAGAAUGGCCAGCACGAGAGCUUCUUUCUAUGCACUUUUGAGCGUGAUCUGUUCGGUCUUCAUUCUACGACACCCGUGCCAGGCGCAAGAGCUUGGGAGCUGCAAACUCGAUUCAGUCUAUCAACUUGGAGACUCGACGUCGGACACGGGCAAUUUGAUUCAUGAGAGCCUGAUCGGAGCGGCCUCACCUUGCGGUCAUCCUCCUUACGGCCAGGACUUCCCAGGGGGACAAGCCACCGGGAGGUGCUCCAACGGCUUCCUCAUGAUCGAUUACCUCUCUCGAGCGGCCGGGGUUCCUUUCCCAGAUUACUACCUGAACCAAAGCGCAGCGUUCACUCGUGGCCACGGAGUGAAUUUCGCUGUCGCUGGAGCCACCGCGUUGCCCUCGUAUGUUCUCUAUCAGAUGAACAUCUCCAACCCCUCCACCAAUUCAUCUCUCAGUACUCAACUCGACUGGAUGUUCUCUUAUUUCAAUGGCAUCUGCUUUGAUAAAGCCGAUUGUCUGUGGAAGCUCAAAGAUGCCUUGUUCAUGGUCGGGGAGAUUGGAGGCAGUGACUACUACUAUGCAUUGUUCCAAGGCAAGAGCAUUAAGGAAGCCAAGAGCUUUGUGCCUCAAGUUGUCAUGGCCAUCAAAGAUGCAGUUCAAAGGGUCAUUGGGUACGGUGCUUCUCGAGUGGUCGUGCCCGGCAGCUUCCCGAUCGGCUGCUUCCCGGUCUACCUCGCUCGUUUCAAAACCGACCAUCCAUCCGCUUACGACGAAUCUCGCUGUCUCAGGGGCUUGAAUGGCCUCGCGGCGUAUCACAACAUCCUCCUCCGGAGAGUCAUCGGAGAGCUCCGGGAAGAGAACCGGGACGUUAUCAUCCUCUACGGCGACUACUACAACGCCUUCGCAUCCAUGUAUCGCGGCGGUGCAAACUUGGGUUUCGACAUGGUGCGGGCGCAAAAAGCGUGCUGCGGAAUGGGGGGCGGCGACUACAACUUCGAUCCGAACCGGCGGUGCGGAGCUCCUGGCGUGGCGGUUUGUCCCCACCCAACGAAGGCCAUGAGCUGGGAUGGGAUCCAGAUGACUCAGAGAGCAUACUUUGUCAUGACAAAUUGGCUCAUUCGUGACCUAUGGCCCAAGCUUAAUUGCAACGCUUCGCUGAUUGGCAACUGAGCAAUGUGACAUACGUUAAUUGGCAUGGAUUAUCUACUGUAAUUAGUCUUUUAAUAGCGCCAGAACCAGGGCAAACAAUUGCUGCUAUAUAGUUGAAAUUUCACUCUUUUUUGUGUGUUUAUGUACUUUUUAUAUACCAAUGAAAGUGGUUCUAAUUAAUAAA